GUGGAUGUGACAUGGUUCUAUAUGAACUGUCUGUCUGAUACGUGUGGCUGUAGUCGUGGUGGGGACUGUGAGUGUUUCUGUACCAGCGUAGCAGCCUACGCCCACCGAUGCUGUCACCAGGGUGUCACCGUGGACUGGAGAUCCCCGUCGAUCUGCCGUAAGUCUGGGGCUACGAGCGGGCAAUGAGUGUCCAACGGGCAGGCACUGGGCACACUACCCGUUGAAUGGGUGGUAUGGGAGUUUGUGGGACCAUCUGAAAUGGCACUCUGUUUUCAUAUGUAAUUAACUACUUUUGGACAGUUUAUUAUUUAAUUCCACUAAUGACUCUUUCUGUUUGUAUUUGCAGCCUACGAUUGUGAAUACUACAACAAAGGUACAUACAUAAUCUUAUCUCAAAGUCCUCCUAUUUGUCAUCAAAUCAAAUUUCUCCAAGACGGUGUUUGAUUUCCAUAGAAUCAUAUCAAUGACUGAACCUUGGAAGUUCGUUGUGCAUUGUCCUUAGAAUUCGCUGCAAACAUUUCGUCGUGAUACAUUUUGUAAGGCAUUUCAUUGCUAAACCACAUGGGGGGCGCAGUGUCUGCACAGAUCUGGAGCCCAUCGUAGACGUCAGCCAAAACAGCGAAGGGAUUCCUCAUAACAGUGUUCCUUCUCCUCUGUCUUGUAGUUCUGGGUAAAGGCCCCUACAGGCUGGUGACCUACAGGGAGAGCGACACGGUGCUGGCAGCCAACAGGUCCGGUGGGACAGUGUUCCCUAAGAAAGGAGACCCUACUGCGGCUGGUCUCCUGUCCCUCUUCAUGAUGACCCCUGGGCUCAGCAGAGCACGUCCACACGGUGAGCAACACAGAGGAAGCAGAGCAACGUCACAUCAGUCUAAUGUCCAUGUCCAUCAUCAUUUUCACUACAUUCAUAACACUUUCUAACACUCUGCAUUCCUAGCCUUCCUCCUACUCCAAGGUCCAUUCAUUAAAAACCUUCCAGUCCCUAUCCACUGGUCUAAUUAAGUCUUCCAGUCCCUAUCCACUGGUCUAAUGAAGUCAUCCAGUCCCUAUCCUCUGGUCUAAUGAAGUCAUCCAGUCCCUAUCCACUGGUCUAAUGAAGUCAUCCAGUCCCUAUCCACUGGUCUAAUGAAGUCAUCCAGUCCCUAUCCACUGGUCUAAUGAAGCCUCCCAGUCCCUAUCCACUGGUCUAAUGAAGUCAUCCAGUCCCUAUCCACUGGUCUAAUGAAGUCAUCCAGUCCCUAUCCACUGGUCUAAUGAAGUCUUCCAGUCCCUAUCCACUGGUCUAAUGAAGUCAUCCAGUCCCUAUCCACUGGUCUAAUGAAGUCUUCCAGUCCCUAUCCACUGGUCUAAUGAAGUCUCCCAGUCCCUAUCCACUGGUCGAAUGAAGUCAUCCAGUCCCUAUCCACUGGUCUAAUGAAGUCAUCCAGUCCCUAUCCACUGGUCUAAUGAAGUCUCCCAGUCCCUAUCCACUGGUCUAAUAAAGUCUUCCAGUCCCUAUCCACUGGUCUAAUGAAGUCAUCCAGUCCCUAUCCACUGGUCUAAUGAAGUCUUCCAGUCCCUAUCCACUGGUCUAACGAAGCCUCCCAGUCCCUAUCCACUGGUCUAAUGAAGUCUUCCAGUCCCUAUCCACUGGUCUAAUGAAGUCUUCCAGUCCCUAUCCACUGGUAUAAUGAAGUCAUCCAGUCCCUAUCCACUGGUCUAAUGAAGCCUCCCAGUCCCUAUCCUCUGGUCUAAUGAAGUCAUCCAGUCCCUAUCCACUGGUCUAAUGAAGUCAUCCAGUCCCUAUCCUCUGGUAUAAUGAAGUCAUCCAGUCCCUAUCCUCUGGUCUAAUAAAGUCAUCCAGUCCCUAUCCUCUGGUCUAAUAAAGUCAUCCAGUCCCUAUCCUCUGGUCUAAUGAAGUCAUCCAGUCCCUAUCCUCUGGUCUAAUAAAGUCAUCCAGUCCCUAUCCUCUGGUCUAAUGAAGUCAUCCAGUCCCUAUCCUCUGGUCUAAUGAAGUCAUCCAGUCCCUAUCCACUGGUAUAAUGAAGUCUUCCAGUCCCUAUCCACUGGUAUAAUGAAGUCUCCCAGUCCCUAUCCACUGGUCUAAUGAAGUCAUCCAGUCCCUAUCCACUGGUAUAAUGAAGCCUCCCAGUCCCUAUCCACUGGUCUAAUGAAGUCAUCCAGUCCCUAUCCACUGGUCUAAUGAAGUCUCCCAGUCCCUAUCCACUGGUCUAAUAAAGUCUUCCAGUCCCUAUCCACUGGUCUAAUGAAGUCAUCCAGUCCCUAUCCACUGGUCUAAUGAAGUCUUCCAGUCCCUAUCCACUGGUCUAACGAAGCCUCCCAGUCCCUAUCCACUGGUCUAAUGAAGUCUUCCAGUCCCUAUCCACUGGUCUAAUGAAGUCUUCCAGUCCCUAUCCACUGGUAUAAUGAAGUCAUCCAGUCCCUAUCCACUGGUCUAAUGAAGCCUCCCAGUCCCUAUCCUCUGGUCUAAUGAAGUCAUCCAGUCCCUAUCCACUGGUCUAAUGAAGUCAUCCAGUCCCUAUCCUCUGGUAUAAUGAAGUCAUCCAGUCCCUAUCCUCUGGUCUAAUAAAGUCAUCCAGUCCCUAUCCACUGGUCUAAUGAAGUCAUCCAGUCCCUAUCCUCUGGUAUAAUGAAGUCAUCCAGUCCCUAUCCUCUGGUCUAAUAAAGUCAUCCAGUCCCUAUCCUCUGGUCUAAUAAAGUCAUCCAGUCCCUAUCCUCUGGUCUAAUGAAGUCAUCCAGUCCCUAUCCUCUGGUCUAAUAAAGUCAUCCAGUCCCUAUCCUCUGGUCUAAUGAAGUCAUCCAGUCCCUAUCCUCUGGUCUAAUGAAGUCAUCCAGUCCCUAUCCACUGGUAUAAUGAAGUCUUCCAGUCCCUAUCCACUGGUAUAAUGAAGUCUCCCAGUCCCUAUCCACUGGUCUAAUGAAGUCAUCCAGUCCCUAUCCACUGGUAUAAUGAAGCCUCCCAGUCCCUAUCCACUGGUAUAAUGAAGUCAUCCAGUCCCUAUCCACUGGUAUAAUGAAGUCAUCCAGUCCCUAUCCACUGGUAUAAUGAAGUCUUCCAGUCCCUAUCCACUGGUCUAAUGAAGUCUUCCUGUCCUGCUAUUCUGAAUCCCCUUAGUUCCCUUUGUUGAUAGGCCCUACUAAUGUCAAUAAGACAAGUCGUCCUUCACUGUUUGGACUGUGUUUGGAGCGAGGCUCUUUUCCCAGUGAAAACAGUGAUUGUAGAGAUGCCCUCACGUUGACUCUGGAAGGAAGACAGACCGAGGAUCAGCUUCCCAAAUGCAAAUACAGCAACCUGAGUCUCAGUCACUGAUCAUGCUGUAGUGAUGGCUAGUCAGUCUGUAGUGAUGGCUAAUCAGGCUGUAGUGAUGGCUAGUCAGGCUGUAGUGAUGGCUAGUCAGUCUGUAGUGAUGGCUAGUCAGGCUGUAGUGAUGGCUAGUCAGGCUGUACUGAUGGCUAGUCAGGCUGUAGUGAUGGCUAGUCAGUCUGUAGUGAUGGCUAGUCAGGCUGUACUGAUGGCUAGUCAGGCUGUAGUGAUGGCUAGUCAGGCUGUAGUGAUGGCUAGUCAGGCUGUACUGAUGGCUAGUCAGGCUGUAGUGAUGGCUAGUCAGGCUGUACUGAUGGCUAGUCAGGCUGUAGUGAUGGCUAGUCAGGCUGUAGUGAUGGCUAGUCAAGCUGUACUGAUGGCUAGUCAGGCUGUAGUGAUGGCUAGUCAGGCUGUAGUGAUGGCUAGUCAGGCUGUACUGAUGGCUAGUCAGGCUGUAGUGAUGGCUAGUCAAGCUGGACUGAUGGCUAGUCAGGCUGUACUGAUGGCUAGUCAGGCUGUAGUGAUGGCUAGUCAGGCUGUACUGAUGGCUAGUCAGUCUGUAGUGAUGGCUAGUCAGGCUGUAGUGAUGGCUAGUCAGGCUGUAGUGAUGGCUAGUCAAGCUGGACUGAUGGCUAGUCAGUCUGUAGUGAUGGCUAGUCAGGCUGUACUGAUGGCUAGUCAGGCUGUACUGAUGGCUAGUCAGGCUGUAGUGAUGGCUAGUCAGACUGUAGUGAUGGCUAGUCAGGCUGUAGUGAUGGCUAGUCAGACUGUAGUGAUGGCUAGUCAGACUGUAGUGAUGGGUAGUCAGGCUGCAGUGAUGGCUAGUCAGGCUGUACUGAUGGCUAGUCAGGCUGUAGUGAUGGCUAGUCAGACUGUAGUGAUGGCUAGUCAGGCUGUAGUGAUGGCUAGUCAGACUGUACUGAUGGCUAGUCAGGCUGUAGUGAUGGCUAGUCAGACUGUAGUGAUGGCUAGUCAGACUGUAGUGAUGGGUAGUCAGGCUGCAGUGAUGGCUAGUCAGGCUGUAGUGAUGGCUAUUCAGCCUGCCAGCAGUGUUAGCUAGCCUAGACUGUUUUAGCUAGCCUAGUGUUCUACAGUUAUCUGACCACUAACGUGCUAGCCUGACCUGGGUCACAUACUGUACAUGUCACCCAGGUGUAAAGAGCUCAAAUUGUUUAUUUAACCUUUAUUUAACCAGAAAAUACCCUUGAUGUUGAGGUUCCUAAAUUGGUGAUCAACUUAUCCACUAGACACGUCCCUGGUGUCGUUCGAGGCGUCCGACCGACCGAACUACUUCCUGGCAGUGGACAGCAGCGGCCAUCUUACGCUGACCAAGUGGAAGGAGAGUGAAGAAUUCUGGGACGCGGCUACCUUCACGCUUCACCGUGACACCUGGAUCCAGGGUUAUGAUUCUCUGGAGGCUUUCGCCAGGCCGGGAUUCUUCCUCCACUUCAUGCUGUCCUGGGUUCACCUCAUGAAGUACAAACACACCGACGGAUUCCGCAAAGCCACGCUCUUCAAACUGACAGGUAUGUGGGAUGGAUGGGAGGUCUGGGAAGGUUACAUGGGAAGGGAAAGGAAGAGCUAUGUAAAGGUAAAGUUAAAGGUUUUCUUCUCAAAGGUGAUUACAUUUACUCAGACCGAUACAUACCGUGUAUUUUGAUAUGAGUACUUAAAACAGACACUUGUGACCAUCUAAUGGUCUUCUUAUGGUCUUCUAUCUUUUGGUCCAGCUCUUGGAGUGUUUGCCAUGUUAUGCUCGUGUCCCCCAAUGCAACCCAAUACUUACUGUAUGUAUCAGAGAUGGCUGACAGCUGAGGUCCAGAGACAAAGACUUUCACUUUGGAGUUUAGGCUACUAACCCCCUGGUCUAACCCCCUGCUGCAGCCCCUCCACCCUUCCAACCCCCACAACCCCCUCUAACCAUGGCUCCACCAGCGUGCGUACGCCUCGGUUUGUAAAAACACCCAUUUAGCCCGUUAAUGGGCUCUUUGUGCGGGCAGCCAUGUUUUGCAUUGCACUGUAAUGGCAAGCCCCUGCAGCUGUCGCCCGGCACACUCCCACCUCGGAACAGAAUGACAGAUUUUGUCAGUGGCGAGUGGUGAGUGGCUGAUGUGUGCCUUUAAUCACAGACAUGUUGAGAUGUGGAGAGAUGGAGGGGUGGAAGGGCGGCGUGUUAGGGCUCCCCAGACCAGGGCCCCCUAGUCCAGGGCCCCCCAGACCAGGGCCCCCCAGGCCAGGGCCCCCCAGACCAGGGCCCCCCAGACCAGGGCCCCCCAGGCCAGGGCCCACCCAGACCAGGGCCCCCCAGACCAGGGCCCCCCAGGCCCACGGCUGUUCCAAAACAAAGACCGGCCAGCCAUUCCAGUAUACUGCUUCCAGAGAAGGGGCUUUGCCCUGGCUAAUGCCCAGGGUUGGAGUCAUCAACUGGGGGGAAGGGAGAACAGAGAGGGGGUGGUUAGAUACUAGGCAGGGGUGGUUUUUAUUUUAACUAAAUAACAACUUCACCAUUUGGGGAGUAUUUCUGUUCAUAAUCUGGUAGAGUGAUUUGUGAAUCAUAGUUCAGGUCCAAAUGUAUGGUUAGAAUUGGUGAGGUCUAGAGAGGCCUGCUCUCUUUCUGUCUCCACAGCUGGGCUGCUGCUCCUGAUGCAGGCUGGGUAAAUACUGGGGCUAAAAAUAUGUCAGCCAUUUGUUUUAGGAGCAUAGCAGAGUCCACACAGGCUGGCAGAUAGGGUUUCUCUCUGACAACAGUGGAUGCCGGACAUAGUUGCCCAGGAGAGGUCCAGAAGGGUUAGGCAGAGUCCAGACGAUAGUCGACCAGGAGAGGUUCAGAGGGGUUAGGCAGAGUUCAGACAAUAGUCGACCAGGAGAGGUUCAGAGGGGUUAGGCAGAGUCCAGACGAUAGUCGACCAGGAGAGGUCCAGAAGGGUUAGGCAGAGUCCAGACGAUAGUCGACCAGGAGAGGUCCAGAAGGGUUAGGCAGAGUCCAGACAAUAGUCGACCAGGAGAGGUCCAGAAGGGUUAGGCAGAGUCCAGACAAUAGUUGACCAGGAGAGGUCCAGAAGGGUUAGGCAGAGUCCAGACAAUAGUCGACCAGGAGAGGUCCAGAAGGGUUAGGCAGAGUCCAGGUGAUAGUCGACCAGGAGAGGUCCAGAGGGGUUAGGCAGAGUCCAGACAAUAGUCGACCAGGAGAGGUCCAGAAGGGUUAGGCAGAGUCCAGACAAUAGUCGACCAGGAGAGGUUCAGAGGGGUUAGGCAGAGUUCAGACAAUAGUCGACCAGGAGAGGUUCAGAGGGGUUAGGCAGAGUCCAGACGAUAGUCGACCAGGAGAGGUCCAGAGAGGUUAGGCAGAGUCCAGGUGAUAGUCGACCAGGAGAGGUCCAGAGGGGUUAGGCAGAGUCCAGACGAUAGUCUACCAGGAGAGGUUCAGAGGGGUUAGGCAGAGUCUAGACAAUAGUCGACCAGGAGAGGUACAGAGGGAUUAGGCAGAGUCUAGACAAUAGUUGACCAGGAGAGGUCCAGAGGGAUUAGGCAGAGUCUAGACAAUAGUUGACCAGGAGAGGUCCAGAGGGAUUAGGCAGAGUCUAGACAAUAGUUGACCAGGAGAGGUCCAGAGGGGUUAGGCAGAGUUCAGACGAUAGUCGACCAGGAGAGGUCCAGAGGGGUUAGGCAGAGUCCAGGCGAUAGUCGACCAGGAGAGGUCCAGAGGGGUUAGGCAGAGUCCAGGUGAUAGUCGACAAGGAGAGGUCCAGAGGGAUUAGGCAGAGUCUAGACAAUAGUUGACCAGGAGAGGUCCAGAGGGAUUAGGCAGAGUCUAGACAAUAGUCGACCAGGAGAGGUCCAGAGGGAUUAGGCAGAGUCUAGACAAUAGUCGACCAGGAGAGGUCCAGAGGGAUUAGGCAGAGUCCAGACAAUAGUUGACCAGGAGAGGUCCAGAGGGAUUAGGCAGAGUCUAGACAAUAGUUGACCAGGAGUGGUCCAGAGGGGUUAGGCAGAGUCCAGACGAUAAUUGACCAGGAGAGGUCCAGAGGGGUUAGGUAGAGUCCAGGCGAUAGUCGACCAGGAGAGGUCCAGAGGGGUUAGGCAGAGUCCAGGCGAUAGUCGACCAGGAGAGGUCCAGAGGGGUUAGGCAGAGUCCAGACGAUAGUCGACAAGGAGAGGUCCAGAGGGAUUAGGCAGAGUCCAGGUGAUAGUCGACC